UGCACAGUAUGAGAAUGUAGGGCAGAAUAUAAAUGGUAUUUAUUAGAGGGGAAAGUCAAAAAAAAGAUCCAAAAAUGUUAAAUAUAUACAAAAAGUAAACAACUUUAUCAGUAAUAGUAUGAUUUAUUUUCUAAUAACUGUUCAGUAUUUUUAUGUGAUGAUUUUGUACAGUGUGUCAGACACACUAAUAAAUGUGCAACGUUUUAAAAAUAAUCAGAAGAUCCGGCAGUAAAACAAAAUGUCUGCCUUCAUUCCAGGACGUUUCUUGUGGGAAUGCUGAGAAUCCAGGAGGAAAUGGAGGAUUUGUUUCCCCGUUUGACCGUCUCCAGCUGAAACCUUUGAGUUUUACUGAUAAACUGACCAUGAAGUUAGAAUCAGAGUCACGGACUGGAGCUGACCUGGUCAUCUCAGUGCCAGCAGGUCCCUGAGCAGCCAGUGUCCAGCAUGUGUGCGGUCUGUUCCCCUGACCUUUGACCUUUGCCAUUACCAUUAUAAUUUGCUCUUUAGUUUGUUUCUGGUCAGACUGAAGGAGGAAGUGACCAGCAGCUGGGCUAGUCUUCAGGAUCCGGCCGCGGCGGCCGGCAGGAAGUGACGUCAUUGUGUUAACAGCAGAGACUGAUUUCUGUUUCUUUCAGUUUUCUGCUCAGGUGACGCCGCUUGUGACGUCAUGUGACCCGGUCCCGGCCCGGUGUGGAUCAGAGGACGGUUCCGUCCUGAACUGUUGACCGGAAAUGACGUUCCUCCGACUCCUAACCCGCUCAGCGUGUUUGGGCCGACCCGCUGAGUGACUCAGUGCCGUGUUGAAAGCAGAUGCCUCACCUGUGCAGGUGCUCCCGGCGCCCGCCAUCUGAUUGGCUGCAGGUGCAUCGUAGUGCCCGCGCGUGGCCAAUCAGCGCGCCGUGACGUCAGCGCGGAUUCAAAGGAGGAUCGCUCAGAUUUGUUUCCAUCCGUGAUUGAGGAAGAAGCCGCGGCCUCAGCUCACCUGAGCAGGUAGAUCCGUCCGAGUGUCCGUCCGUCCGCACCGGGCCGCCAUGUCAGCCCCGACGCCUCAGGUGAGUCCGGCUCCCUUCCUGCAGACCCGGACCGGUUCUGGGGCCCAUCAGAACCGGUCCGAGUCGCCGAGGUUCUGGCUGGAACUACGGAGCUGCUGCUGCGGAUUUACCUGUUGGUCCAGUUUGUCUUCCUGACACAAACACCUGAGACAAUCACUGCAGAACGACUUCCGGCUGCUCGGAACCAGCUGGUCCGGAACCGGUUGAAGGUCCGGACCGGACUGGUUCUCAGUCUGGCUCGUGAAACCGGCAGAAUAUUUCUUUCAUCUUUAAUCUGCUCGUUUUGUUGAUUUAGAAAACAAACGGCUGACGACAUGUUUUGAUUCUGAAAUCAUGAAGAGAGGCGUCUGUGAGCAUGCUGAUGGAAAGUUUAGUGGAAGGAAGACGGUAGAUAAAUGAACAUUUCAGUGAGUGAUGUGAUGAAUGACUCGUCAUCUUUACCCGGUUCAUCUCUUGAGCUUUAAUCCCCAGGGAUGUGUUCUCAGUCCCAUCCUGUUCCUAUUGGACCACAGGGUCAAAGGUCAUCUGGAGACGGUUUCCAGUCUGUUCCUAAUGGCCUAGUCAAAGUAUCUGAGGAGAAACCGGUUUCUCUCAGUGAUCCCGGUUGGGUUCAGAUCAGGUUUCUGAUCCCAGUGGAUUCUGGUGAAGUCCGGCAGGAAGUGACCCGGUCUCAGCCGCUGUGUGUUUCCUGUCAGGAUGGGAAGCAGCAGCAGCAGCAGCAGCUGGACAUUCUGGACCCGCAGGUCCAGCAGCGGCUGGAGAACGCCCGGGCUCAGGUCCGGCAGGAGAUCCAGGUGGAGCUGAGGAUCAAGGAGGCGGCGGAGCGGAUGCGGCGGGCGUACCCGAGCCGGCGGGGCGGCGCCGUGGACGGCGAGGUGAAGGCGUCCAGCCGCAAGCUGGAGCGGCUCCACCUGCAGCUGCAGGAGCUCAAUGCCAUCUCCAUGGCAACGGAGAAGGACAGCCACGCAGCGACCGCCCCAGAGGAGGAAGAGGACCAAUCAGAGCCGAGUCAGUGGGAGGAAGUGACAUCACCGCUGGCCAGCCGCAUCAGAACUCUGAAGAAACAGCUGACGAUGGAGGCCAAGGUGAAGCAGGGCGCCGAGAACAUGAUUCAGACCUACAGCAGCAGGUCCUUCAAGGACCGGAAGAUGCUGGCCACGGCGCAGCGGAUGCUCCAGGACAGCCGGACCAAGAUGGAGCUGCUGAGGAUGCAGAUCGUUAAAGUCGGCCAGGCCCGGGAGGAGGGCGCGUCUCUCGGUCCAGACGAGGAGAUCAUCAGCCCGGUGGAGCUGCGCGUCGCGGAGCUGCUGCACCACAUGAAGAUCGAGUCGGCCGUCGCCGAAGGAGCCAGGAACGUGGCGAAGCUGGUGGACCGGAAGGAGCGGCGGGUUCUGACCGAGGCCCAGGCCCGGGUCCAGGAGUCGUCCCAGAAGGUGGACCUCCUGCGUCUGUCCCUGGAGCGGCGGCUCGCCGAGCUUCCUGAGGAUCAUCCCAUGCGAGCCGCCGUCAUGGAGUCUCUGGAGUCGGGAGUCGCUCCGUCCUACGGAACGCCGAAGAAACAGUCCGCUGCUCCUUCGUCUUCCUCCUCCUCUUCCUCCUUCUUCAGACCGGCCAGUCUAACAGGCCGGCUGGAGGUCUGCCUGAUGGGCGUCCAGGACCUGCUGGAGGACGUUCCGGGCCGCAGCGCCGCCCAGUUCUCCGGGAACUACGCCGACGGGAAGUCCAUGAAGGUGAAGGGUUCUGGACGGAGCGCCAACGGGAAGACGGGGAAGUCGGACGAGCUGUCCUCGGAGGUCAGCGCCGUGCUGAAGGUCGACAACCGGGUCAUGGGCCGGACUCACUGGAGGCCGCAGGGCAAGGAGGCCUGGGGCCAGAACUUCAGCACAGAGUUGGAGCGGUCCAGGGAGCUGGAGGUGGCGGUGUACUGGAGGGACUGGCGGGCGCUGAGCGCCGUGAAGUUCCUGCGCCUGGAGGACUUCCUGGACAACCGCAGACACGGCAUGUGUUUGGAGCUGGAGCCUCAGGGAAUCGUCUUCAUCGAGGUGACCUUCAUGAAUCCCGUCAUCGAGCGUCGGUCCAAACUCCAGAGGCAGAUGAGGAUUUUCCCCAAGGAAAAAGGGAGGAACUUCCUCCGCGCGUCUCAGAUGAACCUGAACUUCGCCACAUGGGGUCGUCUGAUGAUGAACUUCCUGCCGCCAUGCAACUCCCUGGAAGCCAUGAGUCCGCCGCUGCCGGCUCCCGGCGCCGCGGCGUCCAGCGGCUCGCCGUCACGAGAGCGACCUCCGUCCAGACUGGCCGUCUCUGAGGAGUCCAUCAGAAGAUCUCCACGUCCCUCCAGGAAGGAGACGAAGGACACCUCGGCCUCGCAGUCUACUGACUGGAAGAACAGCCUGAAGCCCAGGAGGCCGGGAUCGGGUGGGCCGGCGCCGCAGUCCGAGCCGCUGAAGAUGGAGGACUUCCAGUGCGUUUCCGUCCUGGGAAGAGGACACUUCGGAAAGGUUCUGCUGGCCGAGUACAAGAAGUCUGGGAAAAUGUUCGCCAUCAAGGCGCUGAAGAAGAGUGAGGUCAUCACGCGGGACGAAGUGGACAGUCUGGUCUGUGAGAAGCGGAUCUUCGAGGUGAUCAACUCGGCCCGCCACCCGUUCCUGGUCAACCUGCACGGCUGCUUCCAGACGGCCGAGCACGUCUGCUUCGUCAUGGCGUACUCUCCGGGCGGAGACCUGAUGAAGCACAUCCACACGGCCAUCUUCUCCGAGAAACAGUCCCUGUUUUAUUCCUCGUGCGUCCUGCUGGGCCUGGAGUUCCUCCAUCAGAACCAGAUCGUCUACAGGGAUCUGAAGCUGGACAACCUGCUGAUGGACGCCGACGGAUACGUCCGGAUCGCAGACUUUGGUUUGUGCAAAGAAGGAAUGGGCCCCGGCGAUCGGACCAGCACCUUCUGCGGCACGCCGGAGUUCCUGGCUCCCGAGGUUCUGACGGAGAACAGCUACACCCGCAGCGUGGACUGGUGGGAACUGGGAGUUCUGGUGUUCGAGAUGCUGGUGGGGGAGUCGCCUUUCCCGGGUGACGACGAGGAGGAAGUGUUCGACAGCAUCGUCAAUGAGGAAGUGCGCUACCCUCGCUUCCUGUCGCCUCAGUCCAAGUCGCUCGUGCAGCAGCUGCUGCAGAAGAACCCGGACCGGAGACUCGGAUCAGGGAAGGACGACGCCGCCGAGAUCAAGCGACACAAGUUCUUCCAGGGGAUGGACUGGGACGCCCUCCUGGCCAAGCGGCUGAAGCCCCCCUUCCUGCCGACCAUCUCGGCUCCGCUGGACGUCAGCAACUUCGACGAGGAGUUCACGCGUCUGAAGCCGGUCCUGACGCUGCCGCGGACGCCGACCGCCGUCGGCGCCGAGGAGCAGCAGGUCUUCAACGACUUCGACUUCUCCCUGAUCAGCUGAGGGGGCCUGGCCCCGCCCACCGGGAGGGAGGGAACAUGGCCCCGCCCACCGGGAGGGAGGGAACAUGGCCCCGCCCACCGGGACGGAGGGAACAUGGCCCCGCCCACCGGGUGACCUGGCCCCGCCCACCUGCCGUUUUAAACGGUUGUUUUUUUUGAACGCAGCACUUUGCUCCCAGUCUGAGCUGUAAAAUAUCCUGAAGGCCAAAAACACUGAAUGUUUCUUUCUAUGUUGAUUGUUUUAAAUUAUUCUGUGGAUGUGAUGAUUUAUUAACCCAACCAGCCUGUUUGACGUGAGAAUUAAUGAAUAAAAGCUGGACUUUCUUCUCAGAAA